AUGCUCGCGUCCCUCGCUCUCCAGCGGAGGUCCAUGCCCCACUCACGGAGUUCAACCUCCUUCAACAGGCCACCAGAUCGUAGCGAUGAGGAUGCCCUCUUCCCUGACCACCAGAUCGCAGCGAUGGAGCCGGAUCCAGUCGCCGCUGGGGCAUCCUCCUCGCCAGCCAGCCUCAUAGAUCGCAGUGAUGGAGCCGGAUCUGGUCGCUGCUGGGGCAUCCUCCUCGCUGCCGCCUUCACCAGUGCCGGCCACGUCCCCGCCAUGCUGGCGUGGUGUGCGUCUUCGCCUCAAAUGACCUGGCGUUUGGUUGAAUGGGAUUUCUUCCUAAACCUCAUAGCACCGGUCGCUUCUCGAGUUCCCUACAUGACCGCUAUUGGUAAUCAUGAAAGGGAUUAUGUCGAGUCUGGUUCUGUAUAUGUGACCCCAGAUUUAGGUGGCGAAUGUGGAGUUGCAUAUGAGUCAUAUUUCUGCAUGCCAGCUAUUAGUAAGGAUAAGCCAUGGUAUUCAAUUGAGCAAGGGAGCGUUCACUUUGUCGUGAUGUCAACUGAGCAUAAGUGGUCAGAGAUGUCGGAGCAGUACAAAUGGAUGAAUCAAGAUUUGUCAUCAGUCAAUAGAUCGAGGACACCGUGGAUAAUUUUCAUUGGGCAUAGACCGAUGUACUCAUCCCAUGUCGGAAUACCAGUUAAUGUAGAUCUAACAUUUGUAGCCUCCGUUGAGCCACUCUUGCUCAAGCACCAGGUGGAUUUGGUUUUCUUUGGCCAUGUACACAACUAUGAGAGGACUUGUGUAGUAUACAAGAAUAGAUGCAAAGGCAAGCCAAAGAAGGAUGCAAGUGGAAUUGAUACUUAUGACAACAACAAAUAUACUGCACCUGUUCAUGCCACUGUUAGAGCUGGAGGAUUUAGCUUGGACAAGUUCCCUAGGAUUGUGUUGAACAAGUGGAGCUUAUCAAGAGUUUCAGAAUUCGGGUAUGCCAGGGUGCAUGCCACAAGAGGUGAUAUGCUGGUUCAGUUUGUAAGCUCAAGUACGAUGGAGGUUUUGGACCAAUUUAGAAUUGUGAAGCCUGAUCCGGCAAGGAGGCUAUGGAACAAGCCAGUUUAACCAUAG